AUGACUGAGGCCAUUGGUGUGCGCAGGGCUCACCUUGAGAGGCGAGGGGGCGGUCUUAAGGUGCGAGUCAAAGAAACAGUACGUGGCUUGCUUAUUGCGUUUCUGCGUGGCUUUGACCUCAUCAAAGUUGGUGGCUGCCUGUACUUCCCUGUGGUUCUAAUAUUCUAUGGCUUGGGCCUUUUAGCGACGUUCGCCGCCCUUUACCUGAUGCGCAUGUCCCAACCGGCACUUUUGUACCUCGUGCCGUUCACAGUGAUACCUGCGCUGAUAAUUGCACGGUGCCGAGGCGAGCUCGACGACAUCUGGAACGGAAAGAUGCCUGAAGAUUCCGGCCUCUCGGAGAGCGACAUCUCGGGAGCGGAGGAUGCCUCCAAACCCACCGACGCCUGGAAAAACCUCGAGGCCCAACCUGUGCAGGCAGCGAUCUAA